CUGAAUUUUGAAGACAUACUUCUGGUGGAAACCCAAACUGAGGUACAAUGCUGUUGUCUAUCUUAUUUGCAAAACAGAAGUUAAGACGCUCAAACUUUGUGUACUUAUGAAUGUUUGUGUUCUUUGUUUGAGGUUAUUGUUACGUAUUCAAUCCCAGAUGAAGGUGGGGAUCCAAAGUGGAAGAAAGAAGUAAUCGAUCCCCAAAUAGAUAACUUAGUUCGUCGAAUGCGGGAAGGGCAAGAGUUCAAAGCAACAGACUUUAGAGGAGGUGAUUCAUCCCUUCCACCUCUGAAGCCAGCCGAAAAGGCUGAAGGUGUUGGUGUCAAAAAGAAGUGUCAAAAGCCGUCUAAUCGGUUUGGGAAAGCAUGUGAUGAACCUGGAAGUUCGACUCAGGCGCCUCAGCGUCCUAUUCGACCUCGUCGUGGGAUAUGUAAACAGGCUGAACCAGGAAACUUAUCAGAUAAGGAGCAAGAGCUGAAAGAGUGGAUACGAGUUGAACUGAAAACGCAGUUUGGUAAAUUGCGGAACGAGAUUUUUGACUGGUUGCAUCAUGAUAGGGGAGGCUCGUUCACGGUUCCGCAAAACACAGCAGCCGGUAAAACAAACAGAGACAACAGUCACGCUGACCCUACCGGCAUGGAAGGUCCAAAGAAGCGACGUCCGUUCAGUGGUGAUGGUAAUGAUGAAGCUGAAAUAUUUUGGUCUGAUAGUAAGAAACACAAGAAGAACAACGGCGAUGGGUUUAGCGACGAUGAGACGAUGAGAAUGCAUGAUAAUCAUUGUGAUGGCCGUACGCCAAAUGCUCGCUUCUGGGAAAAGGUAGAUUCAAUGGCGGGCGAAGGCCCCUCUUUCUCGAAGUCGGCAAACAUUCCAGAAGUCGAUGUUUCAACGCCGAUUGGACCAGAAAUUGUAUCAAAGCCAGCAAAACCGACUCUCCCGGAACCGUUGGAGGGCGAGGGGGGAGAUGAGUCUCCAAUAUCAGGGCUAAAUUUGUUAGCAGAAGAGGUUGAAAAGGGGACACGGAGUGACAAUGUCUAUAAAGAUCCACAGGAGAACACUUGUAGGAUGCUUACCGUUUGGUCUCAUCCUGAAUCUUACGUCCUUCCGCCGGAGGAACAAGGUGGUAAAGCGUCACCGACAAAUUCUGAAGAUUACAAGACACCGCCAGAGGAUGAUCCGAUGACUGAAUGUCGCACACCAGACGUUGGGAAUUCGAAGCUGAGUCGAUAUCUGACUAGGUCAUUAAAAAAAGCAGAGCUAGAAGGGAAAUGUAUUCCAAUAAGCUCAACCAAAAAAGAUGACCUCCAGACGAAGCGUAUUCCGAGACGUUCAACAAAGAUUGGAGGAGUGUACACCCCAGACAAGAGAUUGAAGAAGCUUUUCCAAAGCUGCAAGAAACCCAAAUAUACGCCCUUAGCAGACUUGGAGAAAGCGCAGUUUCAAGAGUUUCAGUCAAUUCUCCGCGAGAAACCGGCACAGGAAUUCGAAAUUGUUAUUGGGAUCCAUGUCUCAAAUAAGUUCUUCCUGUCGUUGGCGCGGCCAACAAAUUGGGUCAGUACCGAGCACAUUUCUGUGCUAAUUAGUAUGCUAGUAAGGCGACAUGGACGCAAUUAUCUGAGUCGGAGGUGCAGAUUUGUAGACUACUUCAGUAUUGCGGGCAUCAUAUCAAAGUUCGCAGAGUUCGAGAAGGCCUCAGAUAAAUUGGGAUUCAACUGGGGAGGGCUUGUCAGUUUCAGUUUCACCGGAAAAACGCCGCGUCGGAAUGACAAGAAGGUGUUGUUGGUUGAUGUGGACAGGGUGUACGCCCCAAUGAUGUGGGGAAAAGAUCAUUGGGUUGGUCUUGUGAUCAACUUGACAUGCAGACAAGUGGAGAUUUUGGACUGCAACAUUCCCCUUAAUGAGUCCGAUAAUGAGGUGAACAAGCACAUGGCUUAUCUUCUACGCGCAUUGCCUCAUGUCUUAGCUGCGUUUUCGCCUCCUUCCGAUAGUAGUCAUCCUGAAGAAGACCAAGCAUUUUCAUGGGUGCGUCCAGACAAUAUUUACUUCAACGAAAGGUCUGGCGACUGUGGACCAUGCGCGGUCAAAUUUCUGGAAAUGCAUGCAGCGGGAUACUCCUAUGAGGAUAUGGGGCAGAUCGAUGACAAAAAGGUGGACAUAUUCCGUCAGAAAUACGCGAUGGAUACCUAUGAAGAAUUUAUUGGAAACGCAAAAGUUCAAAACGAUGGUUGAAGACGUGUAUACUGCCUGCUUCAUUUCAUUUGUUAAACCGAAUUGUUAACGGUUAUUGUAUCUUUUCAUUCAUCCAGACACUAUAAUUCAAACAGAUCCGUUUAUCUUUGAAGAUUUUAUAUCGUAUUUCUUAUAUAUUUAGGGUUUAGGGUUUAGGGUUUAGGG